AUGUUAAGUACAAUACUGCAAGUUGGAAAGACAUUUACUAAUAUAGAAAGUGUCCGAUCUGCUCUGGAUAGAUACUCUGUUGAAACUUCUUCACCCUAUAAGUUCAAAACUAAUAGACCAAAAAAGCUCCUUGUUGUUUGUCUUAUGGUCAAUAUUAGUACAUGCCCAUUUACUAUUUCUGCUAACAAACGUAAAGAUGGUUACAUUUAUAUUGUGAAAUUAGUUCAACAUGAUGAAAAUUGUCUAACAUUUACACAGACAUUUAAAGCACGUGGAUCAUACCUUACAAAGUUUUCUGCGCCAUUAAUUGAAGAUAUUGCUGCACUUAGAUCUCAUGAUAUAGUGAACCAUAUUCGUUCAGAAGCAGGAGUUAAAACGUCAUAUAUGGCAGCAUGGAGAAGUCUAAUUGCUAAUAAAAAAUGUAAAGCAGAAGAAAUAGACAAAGGUUAUCAAUAUAUAAAGCCAUUACUUGAUAAUUUACUUACAGCAAAUCUUGGAAAUAUUUUUUCAUUUGAGACUGAUGCUAAAAAUUAA